AUGUUGAAGAGAAAUUUCUCGGAGAAAGUAUCUCUGCAAUCGUUCGGGCAUCAAAUACUUGAGGAUGAAUCGUCAGAAGUGAUUCCUAUGCAUCGAACGGUUGUAACGGAAUCAAAGAAGAUGCAAGUUGAUUUUGAAAUCGACAGAAUUACGUGUGUCCUUCGGUCUAGUCAAGAGAAGUUUCUCCGAAUGAUCAUUCAAACAGUCGAAGCUCAUUUUCAACAACUCUCCGACGCUAGUUACAAUGCCAAAGCUCAAAUUCAACAGAUUACUCUAGAUGAUACACAUGAAACACAUCUGCUCAAUCGUAGUUCUCAUGUUAGUCCCCAAACGCCAAUGUUUCUGGCUACUAUUGAAUUUGUAACAAAUAUUCGACACGUGAACAUUCAAUUGGAAAGUUUCUAUCUGUGGUUGACUCCUGAUUGCUUAGAAACAUGGAUCAUGUUCUUCACUUCAACUCAAUUCAUAAUCAAAGAAGAACAAUCGCAGAUGGUGACAAUGACGGAUAACGUGCCAUUACCCGCAAAAUACAUUUCACGAUACCAUCAUCAACAGCAAGAUUCAUCAUCAAUAUCAUCUUCAUCGAAGAAUACGUUGCCAUCCGAUAUUAUAACAAAAAUUGAGAUUCUGGUUAAAACUCCCCAGUUAUCCUGGUUGGAAAAUCAACCGAGUUCAAAUCCGGAUUGCCUUGUUGUUAAUUUCAUGUUUCAAAUGCAAUUGAACAUCGCCUUUGGAGAAACUCAAUUGCAUAGUUCCAUGAAAGAUCUUCGUGCUUACCUUUCGAAAUUUACUCAUUUGAAAGAUUGGAACUUUCGAUCUCAUGUUUUACAACCAACAAAUGUCGAUGUCGUUUUAAAUAGGAAUACAACGAAUGAAAAUUUCGAUGCUUCUAUCGGAGAUAUGCUUGUCAAUAUCUCUCCAAUCUUAGUUCGAAUGGUUGGCAAUCUAAUAAACUUGAUAAACAAAUGUAAAGCAACGACUUUGGCAGUGGGUUCACAGCACAAAAUAGAAACAUCUCUAUUCAAUCCAAAACCAUUCAAAGAUGGGUCAUUCUGGUUUCUAAAAGUACACCCGGCAGUAAACAAAACUAUAAUUGAAGAAGAAGAGAAAAGUACUAAUCAUCGCACACAACAUUUCAACUUGAAUCUGAAACUCAUCGAAAUCAAAUGCGAAUUUGCUGGUAAUUCAGUGGUAAAAGAAGCUGCUGCGCUGUGUCUUUCGGAUCUGUCUGUUGACAUUCGAAAUUGGUCGAGUAAUAUGAGUUGUUCUUCACGAAUUCAUCUUGAAUUAGCUGUUUUCAACGAUCGUACACUUGCAUGGAUGCCAUUGAUCGAACCAGUGGUUGACGAACGCGGCGAAAUCGUUUCUCCUUGGUAUCUGACAUGCUCGACUGUAGUAAAUGAAAAUCAAAUGAGAUAUCCGUUGAAGCAUCCUCUUGUUGAAGAAGAACGGUCUGUGCGGCCUCACAGAUUCGGAUGUUUGGGUCAUCAGAACUCAUUAUGCACUACUGAAGAACAGUCCAAAGAUAUCACAGAUAGUCUAAAUGCACAGACCAAAAUUCAUAUACGUGCCGAACACUUUUUGAGUAUGACAUUGACGAAAACAAGCUUCGAUCUCAUUCAACGUCUGACGACAUCAUAUAUGAAUGCUUAUAAUAAUAAAUUAUCAGUCAAUGAAGAUGAACCGAUGCUGUCCGUACACAAUUUAACAGGUUAUGAGGUUCUUCUUGAUGAUAUCAAAGAUCUCGAAAUGAAGGAUCAGUCAGAAAUACCGAUCCAACUGCAACAUGGAAAUUCAAUUCCGAUGAUCAUUCCAAAAGAGCGAUUAUCAGCAACACAUCUUCCUGCAAUUACCGAUCAAAAUAGUAGGAAACAACAAGAACUAUCUAUUCAAUUGAAAAUGAAUAAUACGAAUACACAAGUCGAUAUGAAUUAUGCCUCGAAACGAGUGUAUCAAUUGAGUCCAUCUGUUAUACCCGAUUGGCCCGUCGAAUUACUUUGCGAUUCUCAUAUUUACAAUAAUUCUCGACGACUAGUUCUUAGUUCCAUUGUUAAAGUUUACAAUCGGACUGUUUUGCCCCUGAUGAUCAUGGAUGUUGACUCGAUUGAAAUGAAAAGCUACCGAACAUUGUGUCGAGUUGAUGCAAAUGAUGAAUGUUAUCUUCCCAUCGAACCUCUGUACAUACGUUCAACUUCUCGACUAUUUAUCAGCUCGGAUGAAAGUGAUUUUAUUUCAUUCGACUGGAGAAAUGAAACUGCCGUCGAUCGUCGAUUGAAGAGAGAAAACAGUGAAGAAAUACACCUUGUGAUAAGGAAAGAAACUAUCAAUGCAUAUCUCGGAAAUACGGAUGAGUUGAGUCGAGCUUGUUUUCAUAUUUAUAUUCAUCAUGCUCUUCGUUUAAUUAAUCUCUUACCUAUCGACAUUCAAUGUCUGAUUGACUCGAAUAGUCCAAUCGAUCUGAAACCAAGUGAACUUCAUCAUAGUACACCCGGCAGUAAACAAUCUGUACUUACGUUUCUUAUUCCAUUGUACAACAAUAUGAAAUGGGUUUCAGAAGCAAUUGAUUUAACCACUAAAGGAUACGGAAAUCACAAUGAACAUUUGGUAGUUUUCCACGAAGUUCAAUCAAAUGAGAUAUUGAGAAUGAUCUUGCGUGUUGAUACGUAUCAAGGAUCAUUUCGUGCGGUCUUGUAUUCACCAUUUUGGAUUGUGAACUGUACGAAUCUUGAACUGGAAUUUAAGAUUGAUAACGAUAUAACUCUGGUCAAUGUUGAUGACUCACCGUUUUUCGUUUGUCCAAAGAAAAUUGAUAACGAAGUGCACAAUCGAAAAGCACAUGUUCGCGUCCAUCAUGUUGGAGAGGAAGACAACGAUUCUGCAUCUGAAUGGUCGGAAGAUUUCACUCUUUAUGUUAUUUCUAGUGCGGGUGUAGCGAACUGCAAAGUAUCUGAUGACCGAACCUAUAUGAUUGCUGUUCAUAUAACAACAACUUCAUUUUGUAUGACCAAAAUCAUCAAACUGUCGUCCUCUAUGGCUAUUAUCAAUAAUUCCACGAUUGAUCUUGAAGUUAACGAACUCGUACUGGGAACUCAACACAAUCAAUGGCACGGAGUCAAAUCCAAUGAAAUUAUCCCAUUUUGGCCACAGAAUGUCAAAGAGGGUGUUAUGUGUGUUCGCUAUGCAAAUAAGCCAAACGUAUCAUCACUAAGUUUUCCAAUGUAUGAUCGACAUCAAACAUUACUACGCAUGGAUGAUGACGAUCGUUCGAGUCUUCGUGUGCAAGUGUCAGUGAUUGAAUCUUUGGGUAUUCACAUCGUUUUCAGUGAUUAUCAGCAUGGCGAUGCACCUGUUUUACUUGUCAAUUGUUUGAGAAAUCGAUCAAUUGUGUAUUAUCAACAAGAAGAUCCAGAAAUGGUAAAUUUGUUACCGCAACAUUACGUUUAUUAUACAUGGACUGAUCUGUUCAAACCGCGUAAAUUGACUAUUGCGUGUGACAAUCAGCACAUCACCCUCGAGCUUCUCCCUGAUUGCGGCUGUUUGGAAGCAAGCAGUGCGAAUCGUAUGUUCUAUACUGUAUUUCAUGAUGGUCCUCAAACGAUUGUCCUCUUCGCUGAAGAAAUUUCGGUGAUCAAGUCCGUUUCAGACUUUGCCAAUGGAACUCUCUCUCCGAACAAUUUAAUGGAUCAAUAUAUUGACAUUAGUAUUCAUGAAAUUGGCCUGUCGGUUGUCAAUGAUCUCACACAUCAAGAACUCAUUUACUUAACGAUCAACAAAUCGAAGGAGAUGUGGACAGAAACUCGACAAUCAGUGAUAGAACCACUUUCUGGAAGACUCAAUCAUCGACUGGAAAAGAAAUAUCGCGCUCACGUCAAAUCAAAUGAAUCCGAAACGGAAAGAAAAACAUAUCAUGUCGGUAGACAUCGCCGUGCUUCAUUCAUGGGAAACUCGGCGGAUAUUAUCGAUCAAAACGAUCAACGGAUACGAAUUCAACGCCAAUCACUUGAUGGACUACGAUUUCGAUGUAGUUGGUCAACGACAAAUGUCGCUUAUCAUCUACGCAUCAAUCAUAUUCAAGUCGAUAAUCAACUAGAGUAUACGUUGUUACCAGUAAUUCUUCGUCCGGUAAAUUCGCCUACAGGGCAGAAGCCAUGUAUUGAACUGAGCGCUUUGAAAAUAAUCAAUACACGAUCGAAUACUGUUUAUUUCAAAUAUUUCAAAAUCGUGUGCCAAGAAGCGAUGGUGCGUCUUGAUCAAGGUUUAACGGAUGCGUUUCUUACAUUCAUCGAAACGGAACAGAAAUCGACAAAACUGACGAUUGAUAUGAAUUCGGACUUAAAAGCACUUAGAAAAGGCUUUGUGAAGCUUGUUGAAAAACAAUCGAAUGAAACAAAAAUGUACUUUGGUUGCAUCCACGUCUCCCCAAUAAAAAUCCAUGUCAGUCUGUCAUCAAACGGCCCCAAACCAAAUCAAUUGGUUCUCGUCGAUUACCCUUCAAUUGACUAUUUCAUUCAAAUAUUAAAUUAUGUGAGAGUUCACGAUGUGAUUUUGAAGCUGAAUUACUACGAACGAGAAAACGAUCGAUUUACCUUCAAUAAAUUGAUAGAUGAGGUUUAUGAGCAUUAUUUGAAUCAAAUUUGGAAGCAAGUGUAUGUCGUCCUACUGGGCCACGAUGUACUUGGAAAUCCUUUUGGAAUCAUUCGGGAUGUUGCUCAUGGUGUGAAAGCACUUUUCCACGANUAG